GAGAAAUGGAGGGAAGCUCUGCUCUUCCCCCAACGGGCACAACAGUGGCAGGCAGUCGAAUCUCCAGACCAACGCCGAGCCUCUGAGGAAUCCAUCCAUGGAGAAUGGCGAGGGCUCGCCCCGCUGCUCGGUUAUGGCGGAACCGCGCUGCUCCUCCGCCGCUACCGCCGCCGUGGGCCCCGACGCGUCCCAGCGGGCGCCAAAUCCCGGCGCCACCACCGGCAACAGGAAGCGGAAGGCCCCGGCGGCCGCUCGGAAGCCUCGGAAGGCACAGGUUCCUGUAACAUAUCACAUCGAGGUGCGCUACGGGCACGACAGUAGCGGAAGUCACUUCUUCACGAGCAGACGGGAGAAGUUGGAUCGGUGCGCCCACAUAGUGGCGGCGCUGCCGCAGCCCUGGCCGAUGACAUUGGCGGAUGCCCAACUCUGGAUCUUGAAACUGUUCCGGCUCCAUCCGGAAACGCAGGAUCUCCAUUUCGAUGGGCUGUUCAAGGCAUUCCCCCCUGACUUCGAGCCAGAUGAGAAUAGCCCAGAGUUCUACUUGGAAUAUUUGGACUGGGAGACCCGGAUCUUUGACACCGACAGGUCCUGGACUUCCUUUCUCAACAAACUGAAGAGGAAAAAUGUGAUGCAGCAGCUCAUGCUGUAUGUGGACUGCUCUGAACUCAAGCACUACGAUGUUCUGCUCAAAGCUGUACCUGAUGGUUGUUACUCUCAACCGUCACCGGUUCUGCUGCCGAGGAGUUUGGAUCAUGUUCACCUGCACUUUCUGGAUGACCGCCUGGAAAUAAUGUCACCGAAGGAAAUUGCAGCUUAUAUUGCUAGCAACUGGGGCAUACAGGGCAGCCCCCCUGAGGUAUGUAGGUUAAAACAGAAAGCUUUGGAACUCAGGUUUGGUACCUAUUAUGAUUCAUACAACUUCAUCCCAAGGUUGCUUAAGGGCAUAGUACGUGCAAACCCCGGUAGUUUUGUCGACAUCGAGGACACAGAGGUUGUAGGCUGCGAGGGUUUUCGGUUCCUCCACCGCAUAUUCUGGGCGCUUGCACAGGGCAUACACGCCUUCCGUUACUGUCGCCCUGCGCUCUGUGUCAAGGGCACACCACUAUGCGAGAGGUAUCAAGGGGUGCUGUUGACGGCCCUUGCAGUGGAUGCUAAUGAUUGUCUGGUUCCGGUAGCAUUUGCUAUUGCCGAGAGCGAGACAAAAGAAAGCUGGCUUUGGUUUCUUAGAAACGUGAAGCAAGCAGUUGUGAAGAAGCGCUCUCGUGUCUGCAUUAUACAUGACUGCAAAGCGGAGCUGGUGAAUGCUGUGGAUGAUAUUCAGAAUAACCCUGAAGAACAGCACCCGUGGAAAGAUGUACAAAGCCGGUGGUGUAUGCAACACCUUGCUGAAAACUUCCUGGCAUAUUUUGAGGACAAGAAGCUGAUGACAUUGUUCAAGAAGCUUUGUCAGCAGAAGCAAGGAAGUAAGUUUGCUGACAUCUGGAAGGAACUAGAUGAGUUGACCCUGAAAUGUGCCGCAGAGAAAAAACGUGAAGAGGCAGAGCUUGGGGAGGAAGGGAACCGCGGUGUUGGCAGCCAAAUAAAGAUAAUGAACUUUUCUGGUUGGAUACAUCUGAAACCAAAGGAGAAAUGGUCACUGUUGUAUGACACAAAUAAUGCUAGGUAUGGCAUCAUGGGAAUUGAUAUGUCUGAUGCAUACAAGCAUGAUCAUGUAUUGAAGGGGAUACUCUGCCUUCCGCUCAGUGCCAUUGUAAAGGUCACGUUCAACCGCAUGGUGGAGUACUUCAAGAACACAAGUGCCGCAGCAAACGAAGCAAUCAACAAUCCAGCAAUAAAGUUCCCUCAACGUGUACAGGAUGGCAUGGAUUUGAAGAUGCAGAAGGCCCGGAUGCAUCAGGUGAUCUGCAUGAACCCCAAAAACAAAAAUGUUGUAUUGGGGGAUGAUGUUGCGAAGUAUGUGGUUCAAUCAGGGCACAAGCGUGUAGCUGUUCGCCUGUAUACAAAAUCUACCGGUACCAUGAAAAAUUCUGGAGGAUGCACAGUGAAAAAAAGGGCCGCAUGUUCAUGCAACAAGCUGCGGCUUCUUCACAGGCCCUGCUCUCAUGUCAUGGCCGUCUGCAGUCAAAUUGGAGUCAGCACUUCUACAUAUAUGUCUCGGUACUACAGCCUGUCCUAUCUAGGAAACACCUGGAGUGCAAAGUUCGUUCUUCCUGACAAUUUACACGACUAUCACCAACUAAUCGAUCAGUUCAGCUAUAUCUAUAGCUCUGAGAGUAAGAUGCCAACUUGGAUCCCAGACAAAAAGUUGGAGUGUGGCCUUCCUGUUUUUCUAACGUCAGACUUCACAGAAACUGGCACAGAUGUGGAGGAGCAAGAGUGAAUCAUCGACAGUGGAGCAAUUCCAUACAAUCAUGGAACCAAAAAAAAUCACUGAACCUAGUCGAAGUUGAACUUCUGUUGUCUUCCGUCAACUUAAUCAUGUUUGUAACCUGAUAUUAGAUUAUCCUAUUUGAACUUGAACCUUUCAUCUAUGUCGCUGCUGGCAUGUCCUGGAAACUGAAUUUCACAUUAUGUUCAGGUAAUACGGUUAGUAGACCUGUGCGUGCAGGUGCUUUAACUUAAAGCUUGCACCAACACUGGAUC